AUGAAGGGACUAGUGGAUUUUUAUUUUGCGCUUCUUCUUCUGGUGGAUUUGGUUGUGUGUGUCGCCGCACAGCCCUUUCCAGGGAUGCACCAUGACGCACUGCUGACGAGUGCCGGCUCCAGACUCAUCGUGCAGAGGCAGCAGACCAGCAGGCUGCCCCUCUACAUGAUGCAGCUCUACCGGACCAUGCUGACCGAGGACCGGGUUAGGGCUCCGGCUGCCAGCGUGAGCCACACUAUGACGGAGGACCCCAGUCGGCAAGAGUCCGACUCUGUGAUCAGUCUUGUCGCUAAAAGCUGCCAGCAGAUUGGCAAGAGGUGGUCUGUGACCUUUGACAUGUCCUCCAUGUCUGCAAGCGACAAUGUCCAACUGGCUGAACUUCGCAUCCUACUGCCCGCCUUCACAGAGUCUUCCCGAGCCUCAGUGGACAUCUACCACUCCAACAGGGACCGAUGCUCCGGCAUGCACUGCCCAGAGAACAGGAUGUUCCUGGGCCGCCUGAGAGCUCAUCCCAGUUCAAUGGUCUCCCCCUCUUCCUGGAAGGUGUUCAACAUGACGGAGAUGCUCUGUCGCUGGCUGCAGCAGGAGCACUCCACACAGAGGAUGGAUGAGGCUGGGGUGAAGGAGGAAGAGCAGGAGGGAGUCCAACACCUUACAACUCACAACCGGGUUAUGAUGGUAGUCUUCUCAAGGCAGAACUUGAACAACCAGCGAAAGCCAACACUCAUCCGCACAGCAGAACACUCCAAGUACGUCAGCCUGGACCGGGAACAAGUGACGGCUGGCUCUGGUUCCAGGUCUAGGUCUAAGAGGCAUCACCACACCCAGCAGCACAUACAGGGAGUGCCUGAGGCUGCUCCUGCCAGCAAGCCCACAGUGGAGGAGAAGAAGGGUCCUCUCUGCAGGAAGGUGGACAUGUUUGUGGACUUUGCGAAGCUCGGCUGGAGCGAGUGGAUUGUCUAUCCCAAACAGUACAACGCCUUUCGCUGUGAAGGGAACUGUCCUACACCAGUAGAUGAGACCUACUCCCCAACCAAUCAUGCAUACAUGCAGAGCCUUCUGAAACUUCACCGCCCAGACAAGGUUGCAUGUCUGUCCUGUGUGCCAACACGCCUAGCACCGCUUUCCAUGUUGUACUUCGAGGCUGAGAAGAUGGUCAUGAGGCAUCACAAGAACAUGGUGGUGGAGGAGUGCGGCUGCCACUGA